AUGCCCUACCUUCCUACCUCCCAGGCCUACCUGGAACAGUCCGCGCAGUUAUUACAAGCGUACCCAGAAACUACCCGCAUAACAACAAAAUACAACUUCCCAACCACACGACCCGGAAACGCAAAGCGAAUUGAAAAAUCGCAGGCCAAAAAGAACAGCAAAGACGCCAAUGCCACAACACAAGCAUCCGCAAGCGCAACAUCCGCCCCCAUUGCAACCCUCACCGUGAAAACAUUCAACCCCGGCACAGGAAUCUGCAUCCAAUACCGCACGAACAAGGCACAGGAGGUUUCGCGGCUAAUUAUAAGCCUCGGAAAGCUAGCUGCGGGUGCUGAUGUUGCCGGGCUGGGCUUAGGCAAUGCUGCUCCGGUGGGCGAUGUGGAGAUGGUUGAUGCUCCUGCGUCUGCGCCUGUUGAGGAGGCUGGGUCUGGGAAGGGACCUGCCCAGGCGCAAGGUCAGGGCCAGGCUGGUGGGAAGGGGAAGAAGAAGGGUGGUAAGGGAAAGCGAUAA